AUGAGUACUGACUUCGCAAGGUGUGCUGCUUUCGCAAGGAGGGCUGCCUUCGCAGGGAGUGCUGCCUUUGCAGGGAGUACUGCCUUCGCAAGGAGUGGUGCAUUCGCAAGGAGUGUUGCCUUCGCAGGGAGUGCUGCAUCCGCAAGGAUUGCUGCCUUCACAAGGUGUGCUGCCUUCGCAAGGAGUGCUGCAUUUGCAAGGAGCGCUACUAUCGAAAGGAGUGCUGCCUUCGCUAGGAGUGCUGCCUUCGCAAGGAGGGCUGCCUUCGCAAACAGGGAGUACUGCCUAUGCAACGAGUGCUGCCUUCCAAUGAGUGCUGCCUUUGCAAGGAGUGCUGCCAUCGCAAGGAGUGCUGCCUUCGCAAGGAGUGCUCCCUUCGCAACGAGGGCUGCCUUUGUAGGGAGUGCUGUCUUCCUAAGGGGUUUUGCCUUCGCCAGGAGUGCUGCCUUUGCAAGGAGUUCUGCCUUCGCAAGGAGAAAUGCCUUCGCAAGGAGUGCUGCCUUCGCAAGGAGUGCUGCCUUUGCACAGAGCGCUGCCUUUGCAGGGAGUGCUGCCUUUGCACAGAGUGCUGCCUCCGCCAGGAGUGCUGCCUUUGCAUGGACUGUUGCCUUCGCAAGGAGUGCUGCCUUCGCAAGGAGUGCUGCCUUUGCAAGGAUUGCUGCCUUCGCUAGGAGUGCUGCCUUCGCUAGGAGUGCUGCCUUCGCUAGGAGUGCUGCCUUCGCUAGGAGUGCUGCCUUCGCUAGGAGUGCUGCCUUCGCAGGGAGUGCUGCCUACGCAGGGAGUGCUGCCUACACAAGGAGAGCUGCCAUCACAAGGAGUGCUGCCUUCGCAAGGAGUGCAGCCUUCGCAAGGAGUGCUGCUUUCGCACGGAGUGCAGCCUUUGCACAUAGUGCUGCCUUCACACGGAGUGCUUCCUUUGACAGAGUGCUGCCUUCGCAAGGAGGGCUGCCUUCGCAGGGAGUGCUGCCUACGCAGGGAGUGCUGCCUUCGCAAGGAGUGCUGCCUUUGCAAGGAGUGCUGCCUUCGCAAGGAGUGCUGCCUUCGCAAGGAGUGCUGCCUUCGCAAGGAGCGCUGCCUUCGCAAGGAGUGCUAACUUCGCACGGAGUGCAGCCUUCGCACAGAUAG